AUGCCUGCUUCACGCCUUGCCGCUUCUUUUUUUGUCUCUUUUUCGGUCACGGCGCUUCCGUCGCCGGCAACGCACACCGAUCUCCAAAGGUGCACGUUUCGGAUGCGAGAUCACCACUGUGUGUGGGUGGGGCAAUGCGUCGCCGAGCGGAACCGGCGAUCGUUCUUGGGUUUCCUCAUCUUGCUGGCGGGAAUGUCGUUUUGGUUCUCCCGCAGGGAGGUCAUGGCUCUGUCAUCUGGGGAAACGGGUGCCUGCCCUGACGACGGACGAGCAUGCAAGCAGGCCGUGUGGCCGCACGUCUUGCGCCACCUUUUACGGACCAAUCGCGGCGGCGAAGAUGUCGGGGUGGCUAUCUACGUGCUCACGGCGGGCUUGCUCGCAACGGCGCUCGCUGCGCAGGAACAUUUUACGUGCACCUCGCGCGGAAGCGGCGUGGUGAAGUCCGGUUCAUCCUUUUCAGGUUUGGAAUGCUUCGAGGUAGCGUGUCCAUUCGCUAGUUUCCAUCCACCUCCUAUCUAUCUCUCCGUACCAGUCGUGUACCUGGUAUUCUAG